UGCAACUCGUCCUCCUCUCACUUCAUAAAUAGCCUCCUCGCCUCCAUCACGUCAGUCUGUACGGAACUCUUACCUGCGACACCGGGACUCUAACCCGGAUUGGUUCACUGUACGGAUACCUGGAUUUUAAACCGAAUCAUGAUUCGGUUUUCUUCGCCCCUGUUUGUGUUUCUGGCGUGUUCGGCUGUUUUUGUGGUGAUUGCUAACUCUGGAUACGAUCUGCAAAGAAAAAGAAGAGAAUGGGUUCUCCCUCCAAUGCCACUAAAGGAAAAUACAGACUACACUGGUCGUGAUUUUAUUGCCAGAAUUCGGUCAGAUUUUCAAAAGGUGAAAAAAGAUGUUGUCUACUCUCUGCAAGGUAUUGGUGCAAAUCAGGCGCCCUUCCAUGUGUUUGUAGUCGAUCCUGUCACAGGAUUUAUCAAGGUGACCAAAAAAUCGCUGGACAGAGAGUUCAUCGAUACGUACAACCUGUCAGGUUAUGCUACGUACAUAAACGGCACCCCUGCUGAGAAAAAAAUUGACAUACGAAUCAAGAUUUUAGAUGAAAACGACAACGCUCCAGUGUUUCAAGGCAUCAACCCUGGGAGUGUGUAUGAGCUCAGUCCGCCAGGGACUACAGUUAUGAAAAUAAGUGCAACUGAUGCUGAUGAACCAGGGAAUAUCAACUCCCAGAUCGCCUACAGCUUGGUGGAGGAGACACCGCCUCAUGGCAUGUUUCACAUUAAGCAAGAUGGGACAGUCAUCGUCAAGCGUAUUGACCUGGACAGAGAGAGGAAAGAUCAGUACACACUGCUUGUGAAAGGUGCCGACUUAAAUGGAUUACCAGGGGGGAACAGUGCAACUGGCACUGUUAUCAUUAAUGUCCUGGAUGUGAAUGACAACCCUCCCACUCUGGAAAAAGAGGAGUAUUCGGGCACCAUUGAGGAGAACACAAAAAAUGUGGAGGUGAUGAGGAUCAAAGCAGAGGACCUGGACCAGAAAGGCACUGAUAACUGGGAACCUGUGUUUGACAUUGUCAAAGGCAAUGAGGUUGGAUACUUCAGCAUUAAAACUGACCCAGUCACCAAAGAGGGCAUCCUAAUGCUUGACAAGGAGGUGGAUUAUGAGGAUAUAAAAGACCUGGAACUAGGACUAGCAUUGAGGAACAAGAAUCCAAUGUUUGACGGAUCUGAUCCAAAUGUUAACUUUGGUGUAAAUUUUGGAGGAGCAGGGGGAGGAGGUGGGGCAGGGGGAGGAGCUGGAGCUGGAGCAGGUGGAGGAGGUGGGGCAGGAAGUGGGACAGGAGGUGGGGCAGGAGGUGGUGCCACUGGUGCCAGUGCUGGUGGGGCAGGAGGUGGGGCAGGAGGAUCAUCAUGGACAAGUGGGACGACAGGGAAAACCUAUCCAAUCAAAAUCAAGGUGAAGAACCAGCCUGAGGGACCAAGUUUUGACCCCAAAGUCAAAGCUAUUCCCAUCUCAGAGGGAGACAACACAGUCAGCAUUAAUGAUGUUAUUGCCACCUACUGGGCCAAAGAUGGAGACACUGGGAAACAAGCUGAGAAUGUCAGGUAUGCCAAAGGCUCAGACCCUGGCAACUGGCUAACCAUCGACCCAAAGACAGCUGAGAUCAAACUGAACAAAAUUCCUGAUAGAGAGUCUCCACACCUGAUCAAUGGGACAUAUUUCGCUAAAGUGCUCUGCAUUACAGAAGACAUGCCUGCUAAAACAGCCACCGGCACAGUAGCCAUCCAGGUGGAAGAUUUUAAUGACCACUGCCCCAAACUGACCAGUAACGUCCAGACAAUGUGUACCACCGCUGAAGCUGUGGUCGUGAAUGCUAAAGAUGAGGAUAUGUUCCCUAAUGGACCUCCGUUUGUAUUUAUGAUUGUCCCAGAGGGCACUGAGGGCAAAUGGCAGGCGGAGCAUUUCAAUGACACUGCAGCUGUCCUGAGGUAUCAUGAAGGUACCAUAUGGCCUGGUUCCUAUAAGGUGGAAGUUUUGGUCAAGGACCAGCAAGGUCAGGCCUGUCCAGAACCACAGAAAGUGAUAGUGGAAGUUUGUACCUGUGAGGAAGGAAAUGUGUGUACAAGGAGUGCCAGCAAAGGAGCAUCGUUAGGACCUGCAGGCAUCGGACUGCUGUUCCUGGGCUUGCUGCUGUUAGCUUUACUCCUUCUGUUGCUGCUCUUCUGCAACUGUGGGGGGGCCGGGGGACUGCCAGGAGGUUUUACUGAGAUGCCUUUUGACACCAAAUCACACCUCAUUAACUACCGCACUGAGGGCCAGGGAGAGAACACGGAGGUGCCACUGCUAAACAUGCCAACACAAGUGGAUGGAAAUAUGGGCAUCGGUAUGGGCAUGGCGACCACGACUUCAGCAAUAGCGCCAAUGGGAGGUUUUGAUUACCAGCAACAUCUUACUACCAUGGAUGUGAUGAAUGGAGGUACCUAUCGAGAGGGUUUUGGAAGUGUCCAAAGAGAUGACUCCUGGGGGGUGAUGAACCAGCAAAAUGACAAUGGCUUCUACACUGAAUUUGAGACCAGAGAAACAAGACAGGGUGGAGGAAUGUAUGACGGCAUGGCUCUGCCAGACCACUUCCUGGGACAGUACUACACUCAGAAGGUGACCAGUGUCAACGACAACAUUGGAGUGAAGGAUGGUUUUUUGGUUUAUGACUACGAGGGCCAGGGCUCCCUUGCUGGCUCAGUGGGCUGCUGCAGCCUCCUGGAGUCUGACAACGAUCUGCAGUUCCUCGAUAACCUCGGAACAAAGUUCAAGACCCUGGCUGAAGUGUGCGGAGGCAAGAAGAUCCAAACUGAAGUUGUGGAAUCGUACGUUCCUCGGCCCAGUCCUUCCAUCAACACCAAGACCUCGGUAUCAAGUGUGAUGACUACCCAACAGCUGCCCCCUCCGCUGAAGCCGCAGCCGCAGCCGCAGCCGCAGCCGCAGCCGCAGCCGCAGCCGCAGCCGACCGUCUCUGAGACAGUGGUAAGGGAGACAACUGAACGUUCUCAGAUUGUAAAGGAGAACACAGCCACUGUAAGGCAAGGGAUAACCACUGUGAAGAACCAGAUGGAGAAUCAAGGCCAGGUGGUCCUGCUACAGCAACAGCAGCAGCAGCAGCCAGUCUACUAUACCACCACCCCUGUAAUGCAGCCAAUGCACUACGUAGUCCAGCCACAGGUUCAGAACACUUACCUGUUGGCCCAGGGAGCAGCCACCAACCUGCAGGGCAUGACACUGGUUAACAACGGCCAGACUGGACCUGUCCAGGGCAUGGUGUUACAGGGGCAGACAGUGAUGUCCAGUCAACAAGCCCAGGGGCCCCAAAUGGUGCUCGUGGAGGGAAGCAGAAUACAGAAUGGUGGUGCCAACCUGAUCUCCGGCUCCAAGACCAUGAUGGUGGUAGAAGGUCAGGUCCCUGCAGGGUCAGUCAGAGUGCUGAAUGGGAGCCAGACCCACCUUGUUCAGGGAGGCACUCUGCAGCCAGGCGGGAACGUCCUGGUGGUUGGAGGGGCAAAAAGCAGUGGUGGCAAGCUGGUCCAGGUCUCAGGAACUUCGUCCCAGAAGAGUGGCACCUCAGGAUCUCAAAGAGUCACCCACAGCAAGGGCAGCACAUCCAAUGGCUCUCAGAGCAUCUUGGUGGGGGGUUCCUCUACCACGACAGUGAGCACAACCCCCAGCUACCGCAAGGUGGUGGUGCAGGAGCAAAAGACAUUCACUGAAUGAGAGGUUGUCAGGAACACAGUGGACCUUUCCAGUGAUGCCAGUAAGACUUUUCCUCUGGCCUGGUGCGGGUGGUGAUGGGAUGCUUGCGGGACUCAACUAAUGCAAGACAGCUAAUGGAAACAGGGCAGGAACCCCAUUUUCCCUCAUUGGAAUUUGACAGCGGAAUUCUCAGAAAAAAAAUUGUUAAUCCCAAUUGAGUAGACUCCCUUUAAAAACCAUAUUGAAUGUACUGUUUUAUAAUAUUGAACAUGCAAGGUGCUAUUCCUUAUGCUGCAUUGUAUACAUUCUGUACUCUUCUCUUCUGGUACCUGUAACUGAGGCAGUCCAUUAUUAUGACACAUGAGUAAAGCAUUGUUUUCAAAAAACAAAAGUUGGCAUAAGUUUUACUUUUUUUAAAAUCUUCAUCUAUCCAUCCAUCUGUCCUUCUGCUUCAUGUCUAAAUAUGUCAGUGCAAGCUUUCUUCUGAGUUGUCCGCUUGUGAUCCGAUCAUUCAACUUAAUACUAAGUCUGAAAAAAGGGCCUCCUGGUUUAAAUUGGCUCUUAUACGUUAUAUAGGUUCAAAAGCUUCAUGUAACUAGAAUGAUCGUCUUGUGGUUGCAUGCAAACCAUGGAAGCUGCAGUUUACAUUCAUGUCUGUCCAGGCACUUCUACAGUGCCUAAAAUAUGGAUUUUGCUGCAGAUAAGCUACAAAAUCUUAAAUUCAAAUGCUUCAUACACAACAACAGUCCUGAGUUAUGAUGUUGAAUAAUGUCCAGAAAAGUGUUUUUUUUU